AUGUACCAAUAUAUCGUUAAGGUGGAUAAUUCUGAUUGCUUUAUUAUUCGAUCAACCGUGUGUGUACCAUAUCCGUCCUUCACCUUCAGGCCAAAAAAACCAACACCACCGGAGAUACCAACUGAACAACCGUCACCAGACAGACGCGAAACUCAAGUGCCUGUGAUGCGUGAGAAGGUUGAUCUGUUAGCACAAAAACUUGUGCGGAUUAAACAUGAACAAGAUAACAGGCUUUUUCCUAUGCUACAUGUUGAUAAAGAUUUCAUUGAUGAAUUAAGUGUACCUUGGAAAGAUGCACUGAUAGUUAAACUAUCAGGCAACGAGUGUGGAUUCGACGGUAUGAAAAGAAAUCUGGAUGGACAAUGGGGACUUGCAGGUGAAUUUGAUUUGCUUGAUAUUGGAAAUGGUUUCUUCGUCGUCAAGUUUAAUAGUGAAGAGGAUAAAACAAAGGUGAUCAAAGGAAUUCCUUGGGACAUAUAUGGUCACCAUCUCUUGAUUCGUCAAUGGACGCAGACAUUUAAUGCAAAGACGGAAACCAUCGAAAAAACCAUGAGUUGGGUGAGAAUUGUAAGCCUAAACCUUGUCUAUCAUGAUGAGAGUUUUCUGUGGGCUAUUGCAUCGGCCAUAGGAAUCCCGAUUGAGGUUAUUCUUGAUGCUUUGCGGGUUGAACGUGGAAGAUUUGCUAGAGUGUGUGUUGAAAUUGAUAUGAAUAAGCCUGUGGUAAGAAGUGUUGGAAUCAACGGAGAAUGGUAUGAAGUUCAAUACGAAGGAUUGUGUGUAUGCCAGCAUUGUUCGUGCUAUGGCCAUUGUCUCAGGGACUGCACUUAUAGACCUAGCUAG